ACACACUAAAUAUAGGACUAACGCCGGGCCUGGCAACUGCUAGCUUACGGCAUCGUUUCCAGAUCUAGACUACUAGACUAGUCUAGAAUCUAGUCAACUAGUAGAUUCUAGGUCUAGUAGAUCUAGAUCUAGCAACUUGAUCUAGGCCCUAACUAGUGUUACCAACUACAUCUCUGCAUCUUCUCCCUUGGUACUACUAACUACUAAACUACUAGAGAAGUAACUUAAGUCUAAGUUCUGGAGUUGGCCAUUAUGGCAUGUUAGCUACAUCCAGAGUAACAGGUGCCAUUUAGUCCAUGCAGCAAAAGACCUUUUUGUUUUACGCGUGAUUUCUCCUGAUACGAAAUGACCAUUCAGAGAGUCGCCGCCCUUGUCUCAACCAGCUGGCUAAAACAGAGAUUAGCCCAAGCCGGAGCUGCCUCCAAAGGUCAGUUACGUGUACUGGACACCAGCUGGCUACCAGAGCCCCAUGUUGACGGCUACACAGAGUUCUACAAGAAGGGCCACAUAGAAAACUCUUACUUCUUUGACCUGAAGAAACUCAGUAAGAAAAGACCCGACUCUCCUAUAGAUUGUCCAAUUCCAGACUCCAACUUGUUUCAGGAAUAUGUUGAGAGCUUCGGCAUCAACAACAACACACACGUUGUUGCGUACGACAGUCUGAAUUCCCGCUCCAGUAUGAGAACCUGGUACUUGUUUCGUUUGUUUGGGCACGACAAGGUCUCCGUGUUGAAUGGAGGGAUGACGCAGUGGCUUAAAGACGGGAACCACGUGACACAAGUAGAACCCAGACCUGCUGAAAAAUCCGUGUUUUCCGUCAACCUCAGAAGUGAACUUCUCAAAGAUUUCAAAUCCAUGAUGAAACUUGUUCAAAGUCAGGAUGUCCAGAUAAUUGAUGCCAGACCAGCCGCUCCAGGUUUUUACACAACAGACGACGAUCCUUCCGGAGGGCAUAUUCCAGGGUCUAAAAACAUCCCGUUUCCAACGUUGUUCAAUGAAGACAUGACCGUGAAGUCUGAAGUGGAGCUACAGCAGCUGUUUGAUGCUGCGGGGGUUGAUCUAACGAAGCCGGUCGUGGCCACAUGCCAGAGAGGAAUGACCGCAUGUGCCGUGGCCUUGGCUGCCCACAUCCUGGGGAAGGUUGAUGUUCCUGUGUACAACGGCUCGUGGUGUGAGUGGAGCGCUGUAGCUCCAGCUGAAUAUCUGGUCAAAACUAAACAAUAAGCUGAAUAUCUCGUCGAAACUAAACAAUAAGCUGAAUAUCUCGUCGAAACUAAACAAUAGGCCCCAGUUGAAUAUCUCGUCAAAUCUAAACAAUAUGCUCCAGCUGAAUAUUGUUAAUUAGCUUUUAGUAUAUCUCAUAACUUUACAGCUGAAUAUCUAGUCAAAACUAAACAGUAUGCUACUACGAAUAUUGUUCAUUAGCUUUUAGUAUAGCUCAUUACUUUUCAGCUGAAUAUCUCGUCAAAUCUAAAAAUAGGCUGCCCCUGAGUAUUGUAAAUUAGCCUUAAGCAUAAUUAUUUUUCAUCUGAAUAGCUCAUCGAAAUUAAAUGGUAGCUCGGUUGUUUUAUAUGGGUAAUCUUGUUAUUUUAAAUUUUACUUGUGGAUUUUUGCAAAUUUGAUAAUUCAGAGUUAAAAGGUUAAAAGUUUUUUUUUGCUACUCAUAUUUGUAUGUUUCAUGUUGACAUUAUUUUAAAAUUAUUUGAAACUUGGUUGUGUUGGAGAUAAUAAUUCCAUUAUUCGAUACCCUUUGGUCAUUCCAUGUCUCUGUGCCAUGUAUUGGUUGGAUGUGUGAGUGUGUUAUCUCCCUGUAGAUGUGUAGCAUUUUUCGUACACCUUGCAUGAGACUUGAGGGUCCAGAUUUACCAGAAAAAGAACCUGACUUGAUAUUUUCACCCAGUAUUUUAUAUAAGAUAAACAUUUAUCAAAACACACUUACAGUAUUAUAUUUCUCUAAUCUACUGCCAAUAGCUUGCUUUUUACCGGUGAGUAUUUAAUCUAGCCGUAAACUUUGAUCUGUUACUUCUUUAAUUAUGUAUGCUAAUGCUUGGAUGAGCUUUUUGCUAUAUUCCACCAACACGUAUUUUUUUUUUGCUUGUGAUUUUCAAAGGUUUUCUAAAUUCAUGAAGUUUUUCUGUGGUAAUUAUAUGCUGGUAUUUCUUUGACAAUUAAGAUUCCAGCCCUUGUGCCUUAAGUUCAUUAGCUUUAUAUAUAUUAUUGCUAACAUAUGAUGUUACCUGUUCCUAUUGUUAAUUAACUUUAAACAUAUUUUAUUACUGUUGAAUUGUGGUAACUAGUUAAACAAGUUUUUACUGCUGAUAAUCAAACAUAUCUUGUUACUUUUCCAUCCAUGUUUAUAUUGCUGUCCAAGCUUCUGAUAUUUUUACUUGUUCAUUAAUUUUUUAAUACUC